CACCACACUCCUGCCCAGUCCUGCUCCGCCUUCCACUUACACAAUGCACUGCUUCUCCGCCUGCUCUGUUAAGAGCCAGACGCUGUUCCGAAGGGAAGGCUAACUCCACUCCACCUGUUCACAGCCCCUCGUCGUCGUAGCCGUGGGUCGGUCUGCUGGUUACCCCACUUUCUGUUUUGCAAGUGGGCUGGAGGCGAAAGGAUGUAUUUGGUCAGCAGCAGAGUCACCACUGGCUGGUCCAGAGGAACCGGAGACCAAUUCUUCCCAUCACAGGAGUGUGUCGGCUAACCUCUCUGCAGAGGCAGGACCUGCGCUUUCGUUCCAUGGGUGUUUCCUAAGACGUCUUUCUCCUUUGAUCAAGCACCUGUUUGGAUAACUCAAGCUAAAGAGGAAUCCCCUUUCUCCAGAAAAGUCUUCUGCUUCAGCAGUUGGUGGAUUUCCAACCUUUCCCACCUUUUCCCUCCAUUUCCUUGAAGAGACCCAUGCCCCAGAACUGAUCAUGACCACUGGCUGUGAGCCUGGGCAAAACCCCUUUGAGGGUGGAGGAGGUAACGGAGGCAGUAGCUCUGGAGCCCCCCGGAGAGCCAGGGCCCAGCGAGGGGGUGAAGCACAAGGCCAAGCCAAUGAUGAUAUGGACAUCAAUAGCAAUGGCUCUAGCGGCAAUGAGUCACAUGGUGACUCCCACAGCAGCUCCCACAGCAGUGGCAACGGCAAAGACUCAGCCCUGCUGGAGACCACAGAAAGCAACAAGAGCUCCAACUCCCAAAGUCCAUCUCCUCCCAGCAGCUCCAUUGCUUACAGCCUUCUGAGUGCAAGCUCUGAACAAGACAACCCAUCGACCAGCGGUUGCAGCAGUGAACAGUCUGCACGAGUGAAGACCCAGAAAGAGCUGAUGAAGGCCCUGAAGGAGAUGAAGAUCCGGCUGCCCUCUGAGAAACGCAGCAAGGGCAAGUCAGGGACUUUGGCCACCCUGCAGUAUGCACUGUCUUGUGUCAAACAGGUCCAAGCGAGCCAGGAUUACUACCAGCAGUGGACCAUUGAUGACAGCCACCCUUGCAAUCUGGACAUGUCUUCUUGCACUAUUGAGGAGCUAGAAAACAUCACCUCAGAGUACACUCUCAAAAACCCUGAUACCUUCUCUGUGGCCGUUUCUUUCAUCACUGGGGAAAUUGUCUACAUCUCGGACCAGGCAGCCUUCAUUCUCCGCUGCAAAAAAGAUGUCUUCAAGGGGGCCAAGUUUGCAGAGUUCCUGGCUCCACAAGAUGUCAGCAUCUUCUAUGGAUCUACAGCGCCAUACCACUUGCCCUCCUGGAGUGCCUGCACCUCUGCAACAGCUGCUGCGAUGGAUUACACCCAAGAGAAAUCUGUCUUCUGUCGUAUCAGGCAUUUGUUUCUCAGCGGAGGCCACGAGAGCGGGCGCAAACUGCGCUACUACCCUUUCCGGCUUACCCCCUACUUGACCAAAGUGCGCGACUCAGACAGUGCCGAGGGACGGCCCUGCUGCCUGCUCAUUGCAGAGCGCAUUCAUUCAGGCUAUGAAGCUCCCAGAAUCCCCCCUGAUAAGAGAAUCUUCACCACCAGACACACCCCCAGCUGUCUAUUUCAGGAUGUGGAUGAACGAGCUGCUCCUCUGCUAGGCUAUCUUCCUCAGGACCUGAUUGGAACCCCUGUCCUUUUCUACCUGCACCCUGAGGAUCGGCCUCUUAUGCUGGCCAUACACAAAAAAAUUUUGCAGUAUGGCGGCCAGCCCUUUGACCAUUCACCCAUUCGUUUCUGUGCUUGCAAUGGUGAAUACGUCACCAUUGACACCAGCUGGUCCAGUUUCGUUAACCCCUGGAGCCGCAAAGUCUCUUUCAUCAUGGGAAGGCACAAAGUGCGGACUGGCCCCCUCAAUGAGGACGUCUUCACAGCCCCCAAGGUCCCGAAGGCAAAGCCAAUGGAAAUGGACAUCCAGGAACUGUCAGAGCAGAUUCACCGACUCCUGCUACAGCCAGUACACAGCAAUGGAUCCGCAGGUCUUUGCAGCAUGGGCAGUAAUGCUUCUCAUGAGCAGUUCCUGAGCAUCGCCUCAUCUAGCGACAGCAACAGUAUCCCUAAUGAGGAGGCACAAGCAAUUCGGCCGAUGACUUUCCAGGAGAUCUGCAAAGAUGUGCAUAUGGUGAAGAACCAGGGCCAGCAGGUCUUCAUUGAAUCCAGAGUCAAACCACAGCCUCCCAAACAUUCCCAGCAAGCUCUGGAAGUGCCAAUCAGCCGCAGCAUCCAGCCUUUGGAAACCCUGCAGGACUUGGAGAGAAGGUCAGGGAAGGCAGCCACCUCUGAGGAGUCGGUGAGGAAAGAGCCCUCCAACUAUUCCUACCAGCAGAUCAACUGCCUGGAUGGCAUCAUAAGAUAUCUGGAGAGCUGCUAUAUUCCAAGUCGCGUGAAGCGGAAAUGUGGCUCCUCCUCAUAUACUACAUCCUCAAACUCUGACGACGACAAGCAAAAAGCUGGCGAAGAGGCAGCCUGUUCAAGCAAAGAUGCACCGGAGGAAAUGCUAUCGACCCAGGAGAGCCAGUCCAAGAGGGAAGAGCCUGGGACGGCAGCAGCUGCCGUGGCGGGAGGCCCGCUGACUCCGCUGGCCUUGCCUAGCAAAGCCGAGAGCGUGGUCUCCGUGACCAGUCAGUGUAGCUUCAGCAGUACCAUCGUCCACGUGGGAGACAAGAAGCCUCCCGAGUCGGAUAUUGUAAUGAUGGAGGAGGCAGCGCCCAGUGCAACCCCUCCAGUGCCUCCCCCAAGUAUGACCCCAGAUCGGGAGCAACAGUACCGCAAGGUGGGGCUGACCAAAGAAGUGCUCUCUAUCCACACCCAGAAGGAGGAGCAGGCCUUCCUCACACGCUUCAAGGACCUCAGCCAGCUGCAUGUCUUCAACUCGCCCUCAGGGCUCAGCUGGCAGGAGCGGCACCAUCCUGGGCCCCAUGCCAACCGAGGUCCCUCAGGAUACCCCAAAGGUCCCCGCCAGGGCACCCGAGGCACAGGGUGUCGUGGAAGGAGCCGGAAGUCCAAAGCCAAGCGUAUCAAGCAGAACAAGUCCUCAGACAGCACCAGCUCCCCCCAGAACUCAGCCUCUCCUUCCCACCUCCCUUGUGCCCUUGGCACCACCUCUUGGCCUCCCUCAGGCAACUCACAGGCCAGCCUCCCCACUAUGCCUUACCCGACUGUCAUGCCCACCUACCCAAUUCCUGUCUUUCCCCCUCGACCUGCUGCACCCUCAACCGCUGAACCUGCUCAAAACACUCUACCUGCCCCCCAGUUCUCUGCUCCUCUGGUCACCCCCAUGGUGGCCUUAGUCCUGCCGAACUAUGUUUUCCCGCAGAUGAACAGCCCUCUCCCUCAGUCCUACUUCCCUGGUGGGCCUGUUUUCCCCUUUGCCCCCCAGCCAGGAGGGAGCACAGCAACUCCUGGGCCUGAGGCAGGGACACAGGCACCAUCUCGCUCCUCCACCCCACAUUCAGUGAGUCAGCCUGAGCGGCCUGAGUCACCCCUCUUUGAGUCGCGCUGCAGUUCCCCAUUACAACUGAACCUGCUGCAGAUGGAAGAGAUGCCGAAGCUGUGUGAUCGCCAAGAAGUGGCUGCCAGCAGCCAAACAGGGCCAACAGGAGCACCCACGGACUGGGCUGGUGUGAGUGGUGGGCAGAGCCUAACAAAAGAACUCAACACUCAAAAAGAAACAUGUAUGGUGAGUUCCAUUUGGCUGUCUUCUGGUAAAGAAACUGGGAAGUAGAACUGUGUUUCUGCCUCUGGGUUACAGUCAGUCUUUAUGAGUGAUGUUCCUUCUUUGGAGCAGGGUUCAGGCUUGGCAUAUAAAAGAAGGAUCAAGUAACCUGAAAUCUUAGGACUCUGAGCUUGUAAAAGUUAUGCUUUUAAACUACAACCUUUAGAAUCCCUAGCCAGUAUUGGCUACUGGUUAGAGGAGUCUAGGGAUUGUAGUUUAAAGAACUAAGAGUAACUUACCAAGUUGUGCUUGGAAUUUGUGCUGCCUUUGACAAACAGAAAAUAGGUACUUCUCAGCCUUCUGAUCUUAAGGGUUUGGAAAAUUUAAUUGUUUUGAGGAAACAUAUUCAGGGGUAGCCAUGCUGGCCACAUAGUGAAGUAGAAAAACAUUCAGAAUCUGCAAAACAGUGAUACCUUUGGUCAAGCAAACUUUUAUGACACUUAAAAUCAUGUAUUUUAUGUGGUUUGGUUGGACGAAUAAAAGUAUCAUUGCUUUGUGGAUUCUGGAUGUUAUUGUAUUUCACUUGUUUUGAGUUGUGGAACAAAUUAGGUUCAGCUUUUCUACCAAAAUCUGGAAAAUUUCCUAUCAUGAGGAUGUUGGGGAGAGAACAAGUGAGGACAUAGAGAUUUGGAUUUGACAAUCACGGAAGGAAUAGAAGCUACAGUCAUGUGGCUGCUCAGUGGCAGGGAAGCUCUCACUGAAUGAAAGAGUUCCCUUUCAAAGCCUUGUUGCUUCUGGCCCCAGGUGAUUAAAGACUGGGAGGCAGAGCAGUUUUCAUUCUCCAUGGGGAAGAAAGCAGCCAAGCA